CCCCAACGAACUGGGUCAUUCAUAUCCGGGACGAUCCAUACCCGUCACUCGGGUAUUACCCAUUCGUUGUCAGUAGUUCUGCUGCAUAAUAGUGACUAGUUGAGUCUCCCGUCCCUCUCUCAACGCGUUAGGUGACUGGAGGUAUGUGUAAGAAUGUGACAGUCAGAUGACAUGGCUACAUACUGACAUACUGAAGCGGUACAAGUUGACAAACGAACAACCAAGAGUCGUGGCUUCGCAUUUCUUCAAGACCUGUAUGUAUGAGUCGAAUAUACUGUAGUGGACAUUUAGAUCUAUUUAUUAAUCGUCUUGUGUCUCGUGAAGAACGUGGGUCCACGGUUACUCUCAAAAGAACAUGUAGUAAACAGUGUGAAUACAGAUGAUUGUAUUAUCAAGAUGUCGGACGCAAAGGUUCAUAUAGUGACAUGCUCGAACUUUGAAUGUGAAACAGAGUAUGCUCGUAUGUGUGUCGAUUUGGAGACCCGGGGGGUCGUGUGCGUCAUGGAAGGGAGAGGGGAUUAUGGCAUCGGAUCUACUUUUGUGGAGAAGUUCAAGGAAAUGGUGGAAAGUACUCUUGUUACUAUAAUACAUCUCUGUCCUGACAUGAUCGGCCGUCUGACGAAUUUAACUGACGUUUUACAGGGUCACCAGCGUCAGAAAUAUUUAUUCAUUCACGUCAAAUCCACGCCGAAAGAAAUCCCGGUGGUUUACAAAGAAGUUACUAAGAUGCUCUUAGUAAAUGACUCAUACUAUAAGAAGAUCAUAGACAAGAUUUUGGAGAUUGUGCAACAGCCUAUCUGUGCGUCGUCUGCUACUGAACUCACCUACGCUUCUGCUACAGAACUGUCGUCUGCUACAAAAGAGGAUGACGACUUAUAUUCGGACACUGGGAUUAGUCCUUAUUUCAACCCACCGCUGACAGAGCGUGACGUGUUUGUCAGCCACGUAGAAGAUCAGCAAUGUAGAGAUACAGGUGUUUACUUUUUGUCCAGCAAGAUACAAUGCAAGCCUCACCAUCUCCUGAAAUGGUCAUCCCAAGGGGAACUUCGGGAGAUGUGCCACAAGAGUAGACUUUAUGACAGCAGCAACAGAUCAAACACAGUUCGUUGUCUUCUGACCAAAGUUCUUCCAGAUAUCUUUGCAAGGAAGAAAAUACCUGAAAUAGCUGAACUUCUGGCAGUUCCAAUUUCUGUGGUGCAGAAUAAAGUUCUUACUAAACUCAGGGACAUCCUGCUUUCAACUAAACCUGAAGACAUUGAUCAUUCUGAUCUUCGGACAGCUGAAAAGGCUCUGUUUGAAUGCUGUCUGACAAAGACAGAUUUUAUAGAUCCUGUGUUCGUGCCUAAUUUCAUCUGCACGUACCUUUUGACUCUCGUCUAUUUAACGGUGUUCCAAGACAGCCGUCAUUCAUCUUUGGAUACCGUGAUCAAACGGGUAAAGCAAUUCAUUUCACAGCAAAGCCUGGGAAGCAAUAUUCCUUUCGGUGACAUAAGUAGUUUUGUUGAUGACAUCCGAAAACGUAUUGAUGACGUUGACAAAGCAGUGAAGGCAAUUGGAACGAAUCGGAAGCACCUUUCCACCGUGAAGAAGAAGUCCUGGCCAGUUCAUUUUUCUAUGGUUUUGGGUACACUUAUUGAGGUGUUUCACGGCGAACCCCAGACAGCCCUUGCGGCCUUGGACACUCUUCCACUGCUACUGAAGCCAAGACAACCCAGAGUUAGGAACGUGUUGCAAAAACCCAAACUGAACGAGAGAGUCAUACAGAUGGUCACAUCUGGAAUGGUUGCAUACCUGAAUGCCUUAGGAGAUACAGUCGGUGAGGAUAUAGAGGAUCGUGUCAAGUCUGCUUUCACGGCUCUUGGAUUGUCACUAAAGUACUUGGACGGAAGUAUGUUCGGUAUGGUGAGAUGUUUGCUGUUUUCACAAAAUCCAGUAAUCAGACAAGGUGCUAUGAUCCUGUGGAAAGAUGCCAGUGAUGAAACAACUGAAAGUUUAAUGGUGACAGAAGUUCUGAAACAUCUACAGCCAAUCAGCACCAACCACUUGCACAAACAACCAACCAACCAUUCCACAAGCAGUGCAAGCUGGAAAGUAGCUUCUACUCGAAUUGGUUCAGACAAAAUCAUGCUCCACAUCAAUUUACCUUCAGAGGAAGUCCUUGUGAAACAUAACAGGAGUCCAUUCAAGUCAUCAGAUUGUGGCCACCUCACUUCUGUCGAAGUUCUGAGAGAUCUGUCUACACACCCGCAUAUUUUGUUUAUGUGGGCAUAUCGAAUCGACCAGUUCCCUGUGUUCUACAUCACUGAGGAUUACAGUCAACAGAACUUCCAAAAGGUGCUUUAUUAUAGUGCAAAGAGCAAGGCCUGGUUUCAACCUCUUGAGCUCAUGCAGUUUCUUAUACAAGCUCUGGAAGCAGUUAUCGCCCUUCAUGAACAUGGCGUUAUACAAAGAGAUCUUACAGCUGCCAGUUUUGCAUACAACAAGGAAAGCAAGACUGUCAAGCUGUGCCGCUUCAUGUUGGCGCGAAAAUGUGGGCGAGAAGAAACUGUUGUUGACAGAGAAUGUUCGUCCAUUCCCAUGAGAUGGUCUGCCCCAGAGUCUCUCAAGCAACACCAUUUCUCUAUGCGGUCUGAUUACUGGAUGGUUGGACAUCUCAUCUACGAAAUCAUCACACACGGCUGCCUUCCCUACUCAGAUCUCGGACGGCAAAAUGUGUCCGCCAUAGAAAACAUGAUAAAGGAAAACAGAAAGAAGUUAUACCAAGAAAGAUGCAUCCCAACAUCAGUGUUUGAUGUCAUCCAAAGCUGCACUACUUUUGAUGACACACAUCGGAUGUCGGUGUGUGAAGCAAAAAGCAGACUGGAGGAGACCUACGAUCGUUACGUCAGCUCCAACGAUCUACCUGAAAAGAUAUCUUCCGUGACACCAGACAUUUUGUUUCCUGGACUUGACAGAACAUCCUAUCAGGAUCUCCCUAACGAAGAUUCAGAAAGAGACGAUGGUUAUGAUGAUGCAGUUCAUGACUACCAAAACUUUAAAGAAAGUCAAACCUCCUCGUCAGUAGAAGAACCGUUGUAUGAAGAAUUGGGACCCAAGGAAGAUGUGGGUUCUCUGCUGAAACCAAACCAGAGGAUGGAUGUACUGCGUCGACGCCUGACACAAACAGAGGAGUCACAGUUGAAUACAGAAAACAUCCCAGGAAUAUACGGCUGUGUGACUGUUGAAGAAAGCAAUCAAACAGAAUACCUGGUGUACGAUUUCCCAACUGGACACUGUGUUUCCUUGAGCAACGUGGUGGACGUUAGGAGCUUCGGCCUCUGGUCUGUGAAGUACAUUCGCUGUUUGAGUGCAGUAGCAAGGACGUUGUCUCUUCUUCAUCAGCGAAACUGGGUCCAUGGUUGUCUGAGUACAGAUAACAUAUGGAUAUGUGAUACUAAAGAUGAUGGCGAUUACAAGGUAUACUUCUCUGACCUUGGGUACAUACGAAGAUCAUGUAACAUUGAGGAUGGGGUGAUUGCUGAUGAAAGUUUUGUUGUCCCACAGGAUGAACAUGUGUACAGAAGAUCAUCUCCUGAGGUAAUACGAGAUGGUACCUACUCAUGGGCGAGUGAUGUCUUCAGUUUUGGUCUGAUCCUGUGGAGUGGCUUCUCCAACUUUAGCUCCUACCAUAAUCAAAAGGAUCUAAACAAACUCGAGAGUAUUCCAAAAGAUAAGUUAUAUGAGUACCUGACCACUACAUCUGGAAAUCAGAUUCUUCCCAAACCGGCUAAGUGUCUGGAUUCAAUCUACUCUCUCAUGCUUCUCUGUUGGAGUCCUGAACGACAUGAACGACCACGGAUGACUAUUGUUCAACAAAAACUCUUGGAAUCCAACACAAGCAGGCGGCAGUACAACAGCCUUCCAUCAAGAAAAGUUAAAAAGGCAAAGUCCCAAGACAUCCCAAGCUCCGCAGACCAUAGCGUCUGGUGACUAUGACGAAGUGGAGAAUUCCUCCUUACAACAUGAUGGGUCGAGAUCGUCCUAUAUUUCAUCAACAAUGGAAGUCUCAAAUGUGUUGGUUAACAGAGAAACAGUUUUACGUCAGGACAAUGCAAAAACGCAAAACACAUCACAAGUUUCUUUUACCAGGCCAAGCCUUAAACCAAAACCAUUACCAGACAAUGAGAAACAAGGAAAAGGCAUGCACUUACAGAAUUUCCUAACGGGAUCAGCAGCACACCUGAACGGCACACAGGACACAGCAUGUGACCAAAUACCACAAGUUGGUAAGUCAACUUAUGUUUCCCAAUUGAACCUGGAAUCUUUACCUCAAGACUCGAUAUCCGUCUGCAGCGAAGCUACACAGUAUGAAAUGUUUAAUGACUCAACGUAUACUGUUGAGAAACCGAAAACGAAUGAGAAGCCACGCCUCCCUCCGAAGCCAGAACAUAUGCUUCGGAAAACACAAGUUGCAUCUUCAAGUGAUGAUCAACCACAUGUUUGUGAAGAAAUAUAUGAUGACUGUGGGUACUCUGUACAUACAAGUAUUGAAGGACCUUCUGGAAACAGACCAGAAUCACGGCAACCAUCAAAUCAAACUGAACUGAAAUCCGACACUGUGCCACAUCGUGUAGAAAAUGCCGAUCGACCACCUUCCCCACAAAGUCCUCCACCACUACCACUACGUCCGCCUCCACGACUGAACAGUGAAAAAAGUAACAGUUGAUGGAACAGCUCAGGUCGAUCCUCUUUGUGAAAAAUGACCUUGUGUCAUGAAAACUAUUUUGGAGAUCCAAGGACCUCAUCUUUCUGUAACCUACUUCUGUAGGCUACCUCAGGUUUACCUGUUCGAAUGUAUAUGGACCAAUUGUCAAACUAUUUCGAGUUAGUAUUGACUAACGAGCAUUUGUGACAAAAUAUUUCCAACUUAUUUUACUUUCCAUUGAAUGACCUAUUUUAUACAUUUUCUGACGUUUGUAUUUCACUAUAUUCUUGUUAAUAUACAUCUUCAAUAGAAUUGAUAUUUGGCAGUUUCGAGGCUCAUAGCUUAACUCUCUCUCUCUCUGUGUCUAUCUCUCUCUCUCUCUCUCUCUCUCUCUCUCUCUCUCUCUCUCUCUCUCUCUCUCUCUCUCUCUCUCUCUCUCUCUCUCUCUCUCUCUCUCUCUCUCUCUCUACGUGUGUGUGUGUGCUACGAUACAUAGAAUGUACUGUUCUUCGAUUUAAAGAAAAAGAUAUAUGUAUCUAUACUAUAGAUCUGGCGAUCCAUGCGCCCAGGUCAACAUAUUGCCUCAAUGCAAGUCGGAGUUGUAAGCAAUAGAUUUUUCUUCAUGUAGUUGUAAUGUAAUAUGUGUAGUGUGUGUAUCAGUUGUCUUAACUUGAGUUGGGAACAAUGUAUUCACCCCGAAAUAAUUUACGUGUCACAAAUGCUUCUUUCUGUUGUUUUUUCAAAUCCACACUCCAUGCUGUGUUCAUAAUGGUGUAGUAAAGAGUCAAUGUUUUAAAACACAUUUGUGUUAAAGUUACCAGAAAUACCUUUUAUAGCUUGUAACAACUUAACCAAUAAUUCUCUUUCUUAAGUAUAUUGAUAACACAUUGCCAAAUAAUUUCUUAAAAUGUACUUUACUUUUCUGGAUUAUCUUGUUACGUGUGGCUGUAAAAACCCUACUCGUCACUGUCCUGUGAUCGGCCGGUCGCCUCCUGUACUGUGCCUUCGUGUUCAUUGGGCCAUCGCUAGAAAAUUUGUUUCCUGUAAAUUAUAUUCUCCAGCAUCGUAUUCUCUCAUCAUGUGUUCGUUUGAUAUAUGUCAUGUCCUGUGUGUAUGCAGACUCCAAGCCUGCUGCAAGUGUUUUGGUAGCUUUGAUUUGCAAACAGAAGCGGGACUAUUUAGUUCUACGUAGAUAUUUUUCAUGUAUUUAUAGUCAUUUAGCCACUUUGCUCAUUGUACUACCUGUCAUCUCCUUUGUGUAUGCAAAAAUGAAGUCUGCUACAAAUGUUUUGGUAACAUUCAUUUCCACACAGGAGCGAGAUUAUUUAGUAUCAUGUAGAUAUUUUUCAGGUAUUUAUGGUCAUAUUAAUCACUUUGCUCACUGUACAUAUCCUCACCACAAAGAUUU